AUGUUAAUAGAUCGUUGGCCAAUUACAAAUAUUAGAGAAAACUUAAAGUUUUUUUCCCUUAUUUAUCUAUUUUUAAGUUUACAAUGUUGUUUGGGAUGCGAUAUUUGGAAAACAAGUGAGUGUCCUUCACCACCAUCAAAAGACGACGAAGAAGUGAUGAAAGCCGAUCUCUAUAGUAAAGAACAAUUGUACGCCUAUUGUGAUAAAGGUAAAACAUAUGCCGAUUGUGUGAAUGAACGGUUACGUUGUUGUGAUCUAAGACCAGAAUACAUUUCUCAGUUGGCCGCCGCUGAUGCAAAAUUAAAACAAAAUGCGUGGCGUAUUGGAAAAUAUUGUUCAGGAAUUGGAGAAAGUAAUGCAAUUAAUUAUAAAUGCAAAACGACUACACCACCGACAACAACAACUACAACUCAAUCAACAACCACACCAAUGCCUAUAUGUGCGGUGGAAGAGGCUGGCACAAGAUGUGGAAAAUUUUUAGAAAAUCGUGUACGAUUUGAAACAACAUGGAAUAUUUAUGAGAAAGCUCAAUGGUGUAAGGAUACACUCGAUUAUUAUCAAUGUGCUAAUCGAUACAUAACAAACUGUAGUAUUGUCGAAGUAAAAGAAGAUGUUGACCAAUUAACAACAUUUAUGGAUUAUAUUGAAAAAUCGGCAAAUCGAGAAUGUCCAGGAGGACUAUUUGGAUGUGAUAUUAAUAUGCAUGAUGUUCGAUGUCGAAUAGGCGUUGGAUUAAAUUUUUUACAGCAAAAUUGCCACAGUAUACAAGCUUAA